UGAAAAAAAUAGUUAACAUGGACGUCACACGAACUUUAGAAGACGUUGAAGACGAUAACGAAACUUGGCAAUAUUCUCAAGUAGAACCAUGGAGUGAAUACGAUGAUGAAGAUUAUGCUGAACUUACAGAAACAGACAUAAAAUACGACGAAGAUGGGGAAAAAGAAGAAGAAAAAGAAGAAGUUGCCGUAAAAGAAGUAAUUGACGAGACUGACAUAAUGGAAGACUAUGUGUCAAAAUUCGAAGCAAAACGAGCGAGGGAAUUGUGGGGUAAGAUAAGAGAAAAGAAAGUAGAGAUACUGCAUUUGAUUGAGGAGGUCCGAAUAAAAGAGAGAGAUGAUAUAUCUGAAGAAACGCCAAUUACUCCGGAAGAAGAGGUUGCCGUGAGCGACCGAACGACCACUGAGAGCUCGAUUCAUUUAUGUUUGCGCGAGAUAGACAUCAGCGAGUCCCAGUUAAAGAUAUCGGAUCCGUAUAUGGUAUAUCCAAUCCCGGAUGAUCCUGGAUUACGACCGGCUUUCUGGCUGUUGCGCGAGAGCCCGCCUGUUUAUGACAUCGAUGGCGUGCAGAAAUUUUAUGAUACAGUAAAACGUCUUCGUUUGAGGUCAAUUGCCUCGCUAAAGGACAUGUUUCUAAGCGACCAGCUAAAUCUGCGCUACUACGGGGUCCAGCCGUUGAUUUUAAAAGUAAUAUGUGACGCUUUGGUCGACAACACUUUUGUGCAAAAAAUAGACUUAAAGGACAAUAAAUUGUCCGCGGACGCGUGCGAAUAUCUGAACGAUCUGCUGCUGAGGAACAACACGAUAACCGACUUAUCGCUGUCGGGUUGUCAAAUCGGCGCGAACGGUGCGAAGAAUUUGUGCGACGCAUUAAUGACGAACGCAAUCGUGAAGACGCUCGAUCUCAGUCGCUGCAACAUCGAGAACAAAGGCUUCGAACACAUUGCUUACGCGUUAUCAAAUAGCGACAGCUUGCAGAGCGUUAAUUUGUCCGACAAUCAUCUGGACGAGUCUUGUUCGGGAAGUCUGCGGCAUUUGCUAUCGCGUUCCCAAACCUUGACGGAUCUAGACUUGUCCUGGAACUCUCUGAACAGCGCCAAGACUAUGAAGGCUUUGGUCGAUGGAAUCAUCAAAAACGAAGUGUUGCGUUUGUUGAAUCUGUCUUGGAACUCACUUGAUUCGGAAUGCGUGUUGCAUCUAAAUCAAUUAUUAGCACGUUCGCAGACACUCGAAACACUAAAUUUGAGCUGGAACAGAUUUAACGAAGAAAAUGCCGCAUCUAUUGCAACAGCUCUAUCGCAAAAUAACAAGCUUCAGCAAUUAUACUUAGGAAACAAUCCUUUAAAAGCAGAAGGCGCUUUGGCUUUGGUUCGUGCGAUUUCUCACUUAUCAUCCGAUGCUGCCUUACGUCUUCUAGACUUGGAGAACAUCUGGACAAAAACGGAUGUUCUUCCGGAAUUAAAAACAAUCGAGACAUUCAAACCGUGGAUCACAGUCAGGUUGGGUGGUAUUUUGAGUAAUUAUUCGCUUGUUGGACCAAAUGUCAAAAGGAUAAUUCUGGAUAGAGCUAACUACGAAGCGAUGAAACAUAAAAAAAAGAGACUGCGACGUAACUUCGGACAUUUCGUGAUGUCGUUGGAUGACGGAUUAAUUUCGCAAAAAAAGUUCGAAGAACUGAUAAAUAACUUUAAACUACGACUUCCGAAGUCGCUCAUUGACGAGAUCGUGAAAGAAUUUACGAAGCCGACAACUAAAACUGUUGAUUUACAAUUGUUGAAGUCAACUUAUUUGAAAGAAUAUCCCGAGACAGUGGCACUGCAGGAGAAAAGGAAACCCCUUAAAAAAACUAAAGUUGCUAAAAAAAAACCAAAGAAAAUCUAGAAGAA